AUGCCUAUCGAUACCAGUAGUACAGAAAUACUUAAUGCAACAACUUUAACAAAGAAAAAACGUUCACAUAAAAAACGACGACAUCGUCGAAAAUUACAAUCCAAAGGAAGAAAUUUAAAUGAGAAUGAAACCAAUGAUCAAUCUAUUCUUGUAAAUCCAGCUGAUUUAAAUAAAUUGACACCUGCUAAUCUUGCUUCACUUCGAUGGGAUAAUCCAUUAACGGAUCCAGUACUUGAGAAUGAACGUAUUGAACAUUAUAAAGAACUUCGACGACAACGUUAUAUCGAUGCUCGACAACAAGCUAUACAAAUCCUAAUGGAACAAAUGCAAGUAACAACAACGAAUGUUACUGAAAAUGAACAACAAUAA